AUGCAGCAUGAGGCUGCCAUCAGGAUAACGUCCACUGGAUUACAUAAAAGCAAGAUGGAUACAGACGAACAAAAUUAUGAUCCAGUGUUCAAUCGUGGAAUAAAAGGUUCUGUUGAACAGUUUUCAAGUGUACGACAAAUGUGCAACAUUGGCUAUAAUAACCAAUUGCAAAGUGAUUGGAGCUGCUAUCCUUCUCACGUCAAUGAAUUUUCAAGUAAUAAGAUUGAGGAAAACCUCCAGAAGAAAAUAUAUUCAGGAUCAAGAAAACAGAGAUCAGAUUCUGUAACUGACAUGGAACUACAGCUAUCUGGGGUUUCUGCUUUCGAGGACUGCCCGAACCAGGACAUGCAAUCUUGUCAAUUGGAAAACCUAAUCCAGCAUGAAAUUGGGUAUAAUAGUGUGCAUCAUGAAGCAUCUUCCUUUCUUGUUUCCUCCUGGAUGCCUAUUCUUAGAACAACACCAGGCUUACAUGUUUCGUCUAGUUCUUACAACUCAAAUCCACCUUACCCUGGGUUUGAUUACUCGGUGCCAUCACGUGCUGUCUGUAGUACGAACAGAACAUAUGGCGUCAAUGAUUCUCAUGGCUUUCAAGGACCUUGUAGUAAUGGCCAGGAACUAGUUGCUUCUGAUGGAAAGAAUGUGUUCUUCCCGAUGGAUCUAAUGCAAGUUGUCGGCGACGUUGAUCCUUCUUUAGAUCAUAUCUCCUCUAUCACAGGAUAUUCUAAUAUCUGUAGCAGUUUAGAGGUAUCCGAGUCAACAUCAAAAAACUAUACUCUGCAGAAAUAUGGUGAUCAGGGGGAAUCAAAUCUGAUAAAAGAGGGUGGGCUUACAGAGAACUAUCUGCUAAAAGAUGGAGGUCUUACAGAGAACUAUCUGAAUGCAUAUCACAUGGAUGCUCCAUUUUCAUUUGGGAAGAAUGUCGUGCUAGAUAAAUACAGAAAUUGGCUCCCACAACAGGUAUCAGAAAGGAUUCCGGGAGAUUCUGGCACUUUCUCUACUAUGACUGCCUGGAAAUCAAAAUCCAGCCAUGACGAGCCAUUGCAAUCUGAGCUACAGAUGCUGGGAUCAAAUAAUUGUCACCAGCAGCCUGCAUAUUUCGACAAGUCGUCAAAUGCCCAGUCACAUGGCUGCACCUCAAAAAUAGAGUGCUCCACAUAUUCGUGUAUGGUUCAACAACAAGAAGUUCAGCUACAAGAAACUUGUUUUCAUAAUGAUACUUUAGAAGGUCCAGCACCAUCUUUCGGUCCAGUUGGAGCUGCCAAACGUAAAGAAUCCAUUCUGUCUUUGGAUGAUAUUCUUCUCUUAUAUAUUACCUACAAAAGCAUUCCAGUGAAUGCAGGGACAAUCCGAGAGAACUUUUUGGAUUAUUUGCACUUGAAUGUGUGCAAUGUACAAAAAUGUGAGUGUGAAAUUUACUAUAUACUGAUAUCCCAUUUUGAUGACUGUCAUGAUACGGGCUGUAGCAUAUGUGGACCUGUUCGAGAGUUGUAUCCUACUGGUGAAACUCAAUCAGGAGCUGGAAAAUUAAAAAGAGACCUGCCAGAAGAUCUCCAUGCUAAAGAUUCUAACUGGAUGAGUUCCUGCAUUGUUGAAGAUGUUCAACCUCCUUCGAAACGUACAAAGAUGGAAAGCAGUAUUCUGUCCCACAACAGGCCUCCUAGUGCAGUGACUCUUCCAGUGAAUCAACGAUGCAAAACUGAAGGACAUCCACUCUUGGGGAAGAGGUUUGGAAGUCCUAUGUAUUUUGAGGAAGAGGAAUUGGUAAUGAAAUAUGAACCGUCAAGCUCCAUGGAAGACCCCAUAAGAGGUGGGUUACCUGCGAAGUGUUCUGUAGAUAACAUUAGAUUUAAGUGUGGCAAUGCUCUUGGUGCAGUUACUCUUCCUGUGAAUCAACCAUGUGGAAGUCUGGAAGAUCCUCUAAUAGCUGUAAAUUUUGCUGUAGAUAAAAAUAGACUUGAGAGUGCCAAUGCCUGCUUCAGAAGAACCGUAGUAUAUUCGGAAUUGAAGAAGUCAUCUGAAGGUCCUAUGUACAAUCAGCAAGAUUCAAGUGAGACGAACAAGGAUCUGUUAACGUCCGUAGAGUCACCUCCGGUGAUGGAUGGUACAAACACUAGUGAGGUCAAAACCGAUGUGACUUUGACUUCUCAAGGCUUUAAUUCUGACAGCAAGUCUGUUCUUUCUGAGGAGUGCACUAAUGUGAAAGCAGAUAGCAAUAUCAAGGACAAGGCUAAUUACGCCAAAAUAGAUAUGCACUGUUCUUCGGCUGAAUCUGCAGCUAAUUGUAUGUUGCAGAUGGAGUCAGAGUAUUCAAAAAGAUGUGGUGUUUCUUUAACUGAUUUUUUCAACACACAGCAAAUAAAGGAACACUUGAGUAGUCUCAACCAGUGCAUUGGUCAGAGCAUCAUGAAGGGAUCAACUGAAAAUACAAGAGCCCAAUCCCUUGGUCAGAAUACCUGCCAGUUGUGUGCCAGGGAUAGGAUUAUGCUAACUUCACCACCCAUAUAUUGUUCAUACUGCGAAGCUUGUAUCAAGAGCAAUAUGACUUAUUAUUGGACACAGGAUGAAAUGGAUGCACGAUACUGUUUUUGCACGUUGUGCUUCCGGAAGUCCCGUGGUGGUAAAAUCUCGUUUAGAGGGCUGUCUUUUCCCAAAACUAAGCUGCAAAAGUACAAAAAUACAGCAGGAAUUGAAGAAUCGUGGGUACAAUGUGACAAAUGUGAAUGCUGGCAACAUCAGACUUGUGCGCUGUAUAAUCCAAAAAGUGAUUUGGAAGGGAAAAGAAAAUACAUUUGUCCUUUUUGCCGCUUAGCUGAGAUAGGAGUUCAAGAGCAUGUGACCAUACCUACUGCUUUGGGGGCAGAAGAUCUUCCCAGAACUAAGCUUAGUGAUCAUAUAGAGCUAAGACUCUUCAAGAGCCUUGACAGAGAGAGAAAAGAGAGGGCAAAAUUAUCUGGAAAAUCUCCUACUGAGGUGGUCCUAUUGUUUCAAAAAAUUGAAGGUGUAGAUGUUUGUCUCUUUGGUAUGUAUGUCCAAAAGUUUGGGUCAGAUUGCAGAUCACCCAAUCAGCGUUGCGUCUAUAUUUCGUAUCUUGAUUCGGUUAAGUAUUUUAGACCUGAAAUUAGAGCUGCUACCGGUGAGGCUCUACGUACCUUUGUAUACCAUGAGAUAUUGAUUGCAUACCUUGAUUACUGCAAGAAAUGUGGUUUUACGACUUGCUAUAUAUGGGCGUGCCCACCUAUAAAAGGGGAAGAUUACAUUUUAUAUUGUCAUCCAGAUACUCAAAAAACACCGAAGUCAGAUAAGCUGCGUCACUGGUACAAGUCAAUGAUUAGAAAAGCAGUAGAAAAGAAUAUAGUGGUGGAUCACACCAAUUUUUAUGAUCACUUUUUUGUUCCGAAUGUGGAAUGCAAUGUCAAGAUAACGGCAGCUCGCUUACCUUAUUUUGAUGGAGCCUAUUGGUCAACUGCUGCUGAGGAUGUGAUGCAAAAUAUUGAAAAAGGAAGUGGAGAAGGAUCUGAGAAGAUGGUGCAACAGCUAAGGAGACGGAGAACUUUAAAAUCAAUGGGACAUAGUGAUCUUUCAGCCGAUGCAACAAAAGAUUUGAUGGUCAUGGAAAAGCUGGGGCAGACCAUCCUAGCUACAAAGGAAGACUUUAUCAUUCUCCGCUUGCAGUUCACUUGUACAAACUGCCACGAAGUGAUACUAUCUGGAAGUCGUUGGGCUUGUAAACAAUGCAAAAAAUUUCAUUUAUGUGCAAGAUGCCUUGAAGUUAAAUGUCCUACUGAGUUGAAAACACACAUUUCCAUCAGUGGAGAAAAACAUCUACUGUCUCAGAUUUUGGUGAAUGACGUACCUGCUGACACGGAGGAUAACGAUGUCAUUUUAGAUAAUGAUAUCUUCAGCGAUAGACGCUCUUUCUUGAGCUUUUGUGAGGAAAAUAGUUAUCAAUUUGACACACUUCGCCGUGCUAAACAUUCAUCCAUGAUGAUCCUGUAUCACCUCCACAAAAUGACAGCAUUAACCAAGCGGAGAACCUGCAGCCUUUGUCAUAAUGACGUUGUGUUGGAAUGGCAUUGUGAGAUUUGCCCAGGUUUCGAUGUUUGCUCUACGUGCUAUUCAAAAGAAGGUGAAGGCUGUCAUGUCCACCUGUUAAUUCCGCACGUACUGGAAACCGACUGCAAAACAAAGAAUAAACAAGAACUCGAAGAGCGCAAAGCAUUUAAGAAAAAAGAAAUGUUGGAUCUUCUAGAGCAUGCUAAUCAGUGUCGAGCAACAAGAGACAACCCUUGUUCACAUCGUAAUUGCAUUCAUAUCAAAUGGCUUUUUCGCCACUCACAUGAAUGUGAAAUUCGAUUAGCCGGUGAUUGUAAGAAGUGUAAGAGAAUCUGGUAUCUGUUGCUUUUGCACUCGGAGGACUGCAAAGAUUCCAAUUGCCGUAUGCCGCGUUGCAUGGAUAUCAAAAAGAGGAAAACUCUCACAGCGCAGUCUGCAAGUCGUCAAACGAGGGUAGCCUCUACAUGA